CAAACAUAGUUGCAACUAGCUUCGCCGCGCUAGACAACCCACAGCAACGAAUUUAAUUCUCUGCCAGGGUGGGUCUAGUUACCCUCCAUAAGGCUCGAGGCUGGAUUCUCCUAAAAUUGGCCGGACCAAUCACCAUGAAGUGUAGAGUCAGAAGGCGGGCGUAACUAAGUGACGACAGAGGUGCGACGAUUCUGAUAGAAACAACCAGCGCACAAUAAACAGUUAUCUUUCGACUCGGCUUUGGCAACAGCCCUUAAAGAUUUGAAGCUAAAAUUCAACUUGAAAGAUGAACAAAGGACGGCACUGAAGUGUUUCAUUGAGAAGAAAGACGUAUUUGGACUUAUGCCGACGGGAUAUGGCAAAUCCUUAUUAUACCAGUUGGCUCCGCGGCUCCGCUGGUUGGGAAGCUAACGGGACUUAGCCACAGUCCACCGGUGCUCUAGGAACUACGUCAGCCUAUUCGUUGCGUUGAUUGGUUGUAUACCUACCCAAUUGCUGCAGAGGGAUUUGAUAGACAACCUUUUAGCCCGCCUCCCUACCUGUCGAGCGGCCCUAGACCCUUGUGCCAUCAGAAACAUGGGUGUAGCGUGGCUAGGUUAAGUUGCAACAUUACAUCAGAAUGAUUUUUCAAUGACAUUUGUCUGUCUCUGUCUCUGAUUCAGGAUCCUCUGCCACAAUGAAUACGCCAGCAAAGCUCCGCAUCAUUUUUGAUGAGACCGAUAUUCACAAGCUCGUUCUGCUCUCAGGCAUACCAAGCAGCCUCAGUGACCUUUUUUGUGUCAUCAGAGAGACUUUUAAUGUCAAUCGGGUCUUUAUCAAGACCUGGAUUUUGGUGGUCAGUUUUUUACUCUCAGCUGCAUUGAAGAGGUGAAAGACAAGGCAACAUUAAAAGUUGUCCAAACAGAGCCCAUUUUGCUAAAUCUCAGUCCCGAGGAAGAAUCACAGAGUGACUCCACUCUGCCAGAAGAAUCCUCUUCUGCUAACUCAUCAGGAUCUCAAGACACUAUCCUUCUCUCCUCCUCUGAUGAAAGUGGAAUGUCUCACCGGUCCCAGCCAUGGCCUUCCAAGUUUGAAAUACCAACUUUUUCCUUUGAUGUGGAACAGCUUUUGGAGGCUGGAAACCAAGCAUUCCUAAAGGAUGGUACCCUGCUGCAAAAUCCGAGAUUGACAAGUAGCAUUCUCGAGAAGCUGGCAGAGGUCAUAUUUGGUUAUACAGCUUACCCGACUGGGAUCCAAAUUAUCUCUGUGGUAGAAGCUUUAAUAGAAAAGUUUCCAUGCCUCAGAGAACCUGGUUCUUUUAAUGGUCUGUAUGGGUGGCAGCAAAGAAUCAAGUACAAAAUGGGCAAUUAUCGUGCAAAAUUAAGAUGUUGUCAACUUGCCUGCCCAGAGCUGGAGGUGAACUGUCUGAAAAACAAGAGGUCAAAUGAAAGAGGUUCAAGCAAAGGCUUUAAAAGGCCUAAAAAAGCAGAGGUAAACUACCUGCCUCCACUGCCAUUUGGGGACACAGAAGCCAUUUUAGAGAAGGAGAGAAUUGACAUGCUGCAAGAAGUUAAGAAGAAAAACAAUAAUAAGAUAAUUGCUGAGAAAAUGGAAAGAUCUUUCUUCUACCGAAGACUGGAAGUUGUGAAGCAAUGCCCUGCCAUAAAAGAUUUCCAGGAAAGAUGGCCUGCUCUUUUCUCUGAAGCUCAGAUCAAGGAAGAGUUCCGGAGAAUUACAACAGUUCACCUGGAGAGAACCUUUCUCACAAAUCUGGACUUCUACACCCCGAAACUACUCGUUCUGCGCGGCAAAAAAGGUGGCAUUGCAGGCACUAAAAUAAGACCUCUGCUGGAGUCCUUCAAUGAACAACAUAUUGAGACCAGAAGGGAAGCAGUUAUCCGCUCCCUAAUUGAAUUCCUGGGGGAGUCUACUGAUGAACUCAUCAAGGACUACAUGGACACCAGCCGAGAAGCCAUUGAAAAAGACAAGGCUGAAUAUGUGAUGAAAAUUUGUGUCUCACAUGGAAUUGAAGGAUCCAAUGCUGAUGUCUCUAUUGUGGUCGAGGGAACCCAGGUACUAGACAAAUGUGAAAGUGUGAGCAAGGCAUGCCUGUUGCUCAUGGGCAUCAUAUAUGCAGUCAACAUGAGCUACCCACCUAAGCUAAAGUACGUCUUUGAGGUUUUCCAAAAGCUCUUUCUGGAGCUUGACGUCCUCAAAAUGUCACCGAACAUCCGAUCACUGAGAAAUAAGCUUGUAGUGUGACUGCAUGUUUGACAAUGUUUAAAACUUGUUCUUUUACUAUGAAGAUGUAGGUAUAAGCAUUUGGUUAGUUGAGGAUCAAAAAAACUAUCUUCUAAAGAGAGUGCUCGGAUUAAAAUUUUUUGGUUGACUUUGUCUAUUUUGUUUAUCUACUUUCAAACUUGAACUGUGUUAAAGGAGAACUCCGGCCAAAUGUCAUGUCAG